UGUACGGCCUGCACGAGGUGUUGCUCAACAACAUGGUGGCCAGGUACAUGGAGGGUCUGAUUCCGGACCUGUACGACUACUUCCGCCAGCCGUGGGUGAUGGUGGUGUUCCAUGACCGGUUCGCCGUGCUGCUGAACGACAUCCGCCAGGCGAUGCUGCGCUGCCAGUGCAGGGACGGCAAGCUCACCCUUGAGGAGAAGAUCGUGGACGACAUGUGCCGCUACAGCGAGCUGACCCAGGAGGAGCACAUCAAGAUCCUGGAGGACUUCCGCGCCGGCGGCGUCGACCAGCUGGUCGAGUCGUGGGUGCUGCAGUACCUGGCCAACAACCAGUACCACCUGCCCAUGUACGCCCGUGAGGGCACCGCCGAGUCGCUCAAGAUCAACAAGGAGAGCGUGCGGGACUCGGCCAACGCAGGCAUGGCGAGCUCACGCGCGCAGCUGGCCAAGAUGUCCGGCUAGGCGGCUUGUGCAAGGGCGUGGCGGCGAAGAGGGAAGGUGGGAGCCUCAAAAGUCGAGGUGUGGAAAUCUUUGCGAAAGGUGGACGUCGGAAAACGAGGGUGCUUGGAUUAAAAUGGUGGGGCGUCUUGCAGCGAAAUGAAACACUGAGAAAGCGCCGAUCGCGAGUUCUCCGUGAUGCGCUGAGUGGUGCAGAACG